CCCUUCUCCACGUCUUUCCUGUAGGGAAAUCGCUUUAAAGCACCGACUGAUGCGGGUUUGAAGUUGGAAGGAAACAAACCCCCCCGACAACUCGCUGAGAUGCAUUAGGAUUCCAGGCCCUCCUUUUGCUUAAGGUAUGGUGUGAAAUAUGCGUUGCUUGGCAGCUCGGGUCAACUACAAGACUCUGAUUGUCAUCUGUGCCCUCUUCACCCUGGUGAUGGUGCUGCUGUGGAACCGCUGCUCCUCCGACAGGGCCGGGCCCUUCCCCCGCGGCCUCGCCGGCCUGGAGCGGCGAGCGGCCGCCCCCGAGGGCGACCCAGGCCGGCAGCAGAGCGAGGAGGCCUCCCCCCAGGAGCAGCAGAAGGCUCCUCCCGUCGCUGGGGGCUUCAACAACAAAGCCCCGGGGCUGAAGUACGAGGAGAUCGACUGCCUGAUCAACGACGAGCACACCAUCAAAGGCAGGAGGGAAGGCAACGAGGUCUUCCUGCCCUUCAGCUGGGUGGAGAAGUACUUCGAGGUUUAUGGGAAGAUUGCUCAGUAUGAUGGCUAUGACAGGUUUGAGUUCUCUCAUAGCUACUCCAAAGUGUACACACAGCGAGCCCCUUACCACCCUGACGGGGUCUUCAUGUCCUUUGAGGGCUACAACGUAGAGGUUCGGGACAGAGUGAAGUGCAUCAGUGGAGUCGAAGGUGUGCCCCUGUCCACGCAGUGGGGCCCCCAGGGCUACUUCUACCCCAUCCAGAUCGCGCAGUACGGCCUGAGCCACUACAGCAAGAACCUGACGGAGAAGCCGCCGCACGUGGAGGUGUACGAGACGGCGGAAGAGAGGGACCGAGGCGGCAGGGCUGCGGACUGGACGGUGCCCAAGGGCUGCUCCUUGGCCACGGUGACAGACAGAGCCAAGCUCACCGGCGUCAAGCAGUUCGUGGCGCCAGACAGUACGGAGGGGGUGUCCCUGCAGCUGGGCAACAGCCGAGACUUCAUCAUUUCCUUCGAUCUGAAGUUCACAACCAACGGCAGCAUUUCGGUGGUGCUGGAGACGACGGAGAGGAACCAGCUCUUCACCGUGCACUACGUCUCCAACACCCAGCUCAUCGCUUUCAAGGACAGAGACAUCUACUACGGCAUCGGCCCCAGGACUAGCUGGAGCACCCUCACCAGGGACCUGGUCACCGACCUGCGGAAGGGCGUUGGCCUCUCCAACACGAAAGCCGUCAAGCAGACCAAAAUCAUGCCCAAGAGAGUGGUGAGGCUGGUGGCCAAGGGCAGAGGCUUCCUCGACAACGUCACCAUCUCCGCCACCGCUCACAUGGCCGCCUUCUUCGCCGCCAGCAACUGGCUGGUGCGGAACCAGGACGAGCGGGGCGGCUGGCCCAUCAUGGUCACCAGGAAGCUGGGGGAAGGCUUUAAGUCCUUGGAGCCGGGUUGGUACUCGGCCAUGGCCCAGGGGCAGGCCAUCUCCACGCUGGUGAGGGCCUACCUGCUGACGAAGGAGCAGGCGUUCCUCAGCUCGGCCCUGCGGGCCACGGCUCCCUACAGGCUGCCGGCGGAGCAGCGCGGGGUGAAGGCGGUCUUCAUGAACCGCCACGACUGGUACGAGGAGUACCCCACCGCCCCCAGCUCCUUCGUGCUCAACGGCUUCAUGUACUCCUUGAUCGGCCUUUACGACCUGAAGGAGACGGCCGGGGAGAAGCUGGGCAAGGAGGCCCGCGUGCUCUACGAGCGGGGCAUGGAGUCCCUGAAGGCCAUGCUGCCCCUCUACGACACCGGCUCGGGGACCAUCUACGACCUGCGGCACUUCAUGCUGGGCACCGCUCCCAACCUGGCGCGCUGGGACUACCACACCACCCACAUCAACCAGCUCCAGCUCCUCAGCACCAUCGACGAGGCCCCCAUCUUCAAAGAGUUCGUCAAGAGGUGGAAGAGCUACCUGCGAGGCGGCCGGGCAAAGCACAACUGAGAGCUUCCAACCAACCCC